UUGUGUGCAUCAAAAUAAUAUUAAGCUGUGGCCUGUGGCUCCAUCCAUUGUAAUAUUGUAUAAUAUGAUCUAAGCUUGUCCAAAACAACAAAAAAGUGGUGAUAUUGGACUAAUACAAUUAAUUGUUCUUUGUCCUAUGAUAGGACCACGGUUAUCUUUAUCGACUUUAUCUGUGCAGUGAUAGAGCAGCUUUCUUCUUAGUUCUUAUUUUAUUUGCUAAUAAUUAUAAUACCUAGUAUUUACUAUUUAGCACCUAUUAAAGCAUUUUGAAUAUAAUUGUCCUUAUUAAUAAGAACGUGUGGUGAAUCGUGAAAAAGUGAUAUUUUUAAACAAAGAUACAAUUGCACAAUGAGCAAGCCGGUUACUUAUUCAGAAGAUCAAUUAGCAGAAAUGGAAGAAGCAUUUCAAUUAUUUGAUAACAGGGGUGACAAUAAAAUACAUAUAUCACAUAUAGGUAAUGCUCUUCGCGCUUUAGGUCAAAAUCCUACCGAAUCAGAUGUAAAGAAGUUUGCACAACAGCAUAAAACUGAUGAACGCAUUCCAUUUGAAGUAUUUUUACCUAUUUAUCAAGCUAUAUCUAAAAAUCGUUCCUCAAAUACUGCUGAUGAUUUUAAUGAAGGUUUACGACAUUUUGAUAAGGAAGGAAAUGGAUUUAUAUCAUCUGCAGAAUUACGCCACUUACUUACUACACUUGGAGAAAAACUUACUGAUGAAGAAGUUGAACAAUUAUUAACUGGGCAAGAAGAUUCUUUAGGUAACAUAAAUUAUGAGGAAUUUGUGCGUUCUGUAACAUCGGGUUGAAUUUUUUAAUAAUUUUUUUCUAUGUAUUUUUCUUAUUUAAUUCAUUGUACCUAAUCAUUAUUUACAUAUUUUAAAUAUAAUAUACUUUUAUAUUUUGUUAUUAUUAUACGAGGAAAACAGUGACUAUUUUGUGUAUAUCUUUUAUAAUCUAAUAAAAUAAAUUGAUUUAAGUUUGUUAAGGACUUAGAUUUAAGGAUGAUUGUUCAUAUUUUUUGGUCCAGGAAAUAUAAAUAUAAAUAAAUAUAAAUGGCUGUCAACAAUUA